CCGCGCAGCGGCCCCCCUUGCCGGCGCAGCCCCAGUCUCCCCAAAGUCCUCACCUCCCCGCAGAGGGCCGGCACCCAUGGCGGCCUCGCGAACGCCCCGCUGCGAGGGACGCGUCAAGGCGGAGAAAUGGAGAGAAUGGCCGGAGCCCGCGGAGGUUGACCUGAUGGAGGAAUUAGCUAGAGAAGACAUUGAUGAAGCUGUACACACGAUAUUAUUUAGAGAAAAUUAUGUUGUGAAGAAAUUGGAUACAUAUUUUCAGCAUCUGGAUAUUUUUAAGGAGAGACGAAAAGAGAUGUUACAUAAAAAAUGGACUGAAAAUGUUGCAGAGCCUCUUCAGCAGAAAAUUAUGGAAAAAGUAAUUUCAUACAGAAGGAUGGAAAAAAGGAAACAAGAAAACGUUGAAUAUUUUUUAAAGCACUCAAAAAAAAUGGUUACAGUCCUACCAUUUUGUGAUCCUCUGUUUAAAAGACAGCAAGAGAUGGAUAAAGAGAAGAGAGCCGCUUUACAGUAUGAGACAGGAAAGCACUAUACCUUAAAAGAAUUUCAAGAAAUGGAGAAGGCCAGGUUGGAUGCCAGAUUGCCCCAGUUCACAUUUACGCUGCAGAGUGUGAGUCCAAAGGAGUGGCACAAAGCUCCUGAGAGGCUGGCAAGACAGAAACCUCACAGCAAUAAGCACUGUCCUGAAAAGAUCUGCACAGAAAAGAAACACGCGCCUAAUAAAGAGAAACAAAUUACUGACUUAAGUCAAUCUGCUUUUGAAAGGCAGUUUUACUCCUCGAAGCUCAACAAAGGGAAUAAAAGGAAUAAAAAGAAGGUUCUGGUUUUAGGACAGCAAAGACCCAGAUCCUGGACUGCCGGGGAAGGUGGGUUCCGCCGGGGGUUGCCUCCCACGGAGAGAAGAGUGAUGACGGCAGAGGUCCUGGGGCAGCAUCUGGCCUCCCUGCAGCUGGGGGCCAAGCAGGACCGCAGGCGCCCCGCCUCCUCCUCGGAGGCCACAGCAGGAAAGCACGAUUCCCUGGAUUUGGUUCCAGCGUCGCUGCAACAGUUAAGAAAUCUCCCGCCUGUUUUCUCUCUUCAGAAAUGAAAGGAUAAAGCAAGAAAUAGCAAAAUAAUAAUCGUUACUGUUUAUCGAGCUCCUGGUGUGAAGUAGGACCCGUGUGAGGUAUUUUAUAUCCAUUUAAAACUUUUCACAGCAACAUAGAAUUAUCUCCCAGGACAUGAGGGCCAGAGGUGGGUGAACUGCUCAAGUCAGUUGCAGAACUUGAAAGUGGCAGCGUUUGACUUCAAGUCCUGGCCCUCCGGGGCCAAAGCACAGGUGCUUUGGCCAGGGCGCACCCUCUCUUCCCGUCCACUCAGGCCUUGUAAGGUUCGCCAAGCUGCCGAGGGCUGAGGUUCUCUUCCAGAGGAUGGAGCUGCCCUCUGGCCAGGGGGGCUUCCUGAGGCUGAGGAGCCCACAGGACCCUGCUGAUGUCCUGCCCUCUGCUCCCCCAUUCCCCACGGAUAUACGUGGUCUAAGGGCACCCCCCCACCCCCACAUGCCCUUCAGAAAAUCAGGCGAGAACUUGAUUUACUGAAGGGCCGAGCUUUGCUCCUAGUCACAGGCGGUGGCUGGAGUUGCUGGGGGCACCGCCAUUAAAUCACCCCUGGGGUUUGGUGGACGCUGGCCCACUGCAGGCUCCCCUGUCCUAAGUCUACAGAGAAUCCCGAUGUAUCCAGACAGGGGAAAUGGCGCCAGCCACAGCUCAUCCCAGUGCGGGUCCCCACAGACCCAGGACUAGUCCCAGGGAUUAUCCUGGAGCUAAUUCACAGGCAACCCCAGAACUGCUUUAAGCCCCCCUGUGUGGAGCUCUGGAGCCGGCAGGCGGAGGCAGCCCAUGAACACCAGCCCACGAUUGCCCCCCUAAACCCACACAAGACUCUCCUGAAACCCUUCAAAAGCCCAGCAGUCUGCUUUGCUCAGCAUGGCCGCGCCUGGCCGGCCACUCUCCCUUAACCUGGCACGCUCAGCUGUUUGCUUUCAGGUUCUGAGAGCGGCUCUUCCUUAGACCCUGGGGCCGGUGUGUUUUAACCAGUCAGCGCAGAGGAUUGAGAACCUGAAUGACUGAGUGAUGAACUUUGAAUAUUCUGAAUUGUGCUCUAGCCAAUCUUUGCCCAGUGCUUAUUUUCGGAGGAAGGGGGUUGGGGGGGCAGGCCUGUGCCUCAGCUCCCUGAGAAGUCUGGCAGCCAGAGCCAUUCCUUCCAAAGACUGGUCUCUUCCCUGCUGGGGAAACCCAGGGAUUUAGCGUACAGGACCUUAUUUUUAUCAGUGUUUCAGGACAAAGCUCAUACGUCACCACGCAGAGGCGGAAUCAGCGGUCCUGGUGUGGACGUGGCAUCGCGGGGACAGGGUGGGGAUGGUGCGCCUGGAGCUGGGCGGGUGCAGCCGCGCUGACGGGCACUGCUUGUGUGUUUUCUUUACUCCUAAGUUACCCCCCCC